AUGCUAUUUUUAGUUAAUUUUGUGAAGGGGAAUGGAAAUGCUAUUCGUUUGUCGGCUGGGUUCGUGGGGUGGGGCCCGGGAGGCGGCAGGCUGGUGGUGGACAUGAUAACGGCAGAAAAAAUGGCGGGAAGGGCACUUCUACUUGCUGGUUCCACCGAGCUGGAGACUGCACUAGCACUCGGCAUUGCUCAGGAGAUAGGGAGCAAGGUACCAUUCUGUCCAAUGGUUGGAUCAGAGGUGUAUUCGUCUGAGGUUAAAAAAACUGAGGUACUUAUGGAGAAUUUUCGGAGGGCUAUAGGUUUGCGUAUUAAGGAAAACAAGGAAGUAUAUGAAGGAGAGGUUACUGAACUCUCACCAGAAGAAGCUGAGAGUACAACAGGCGGAUAUGGGAAAAGCAUCAGUCACAUAAUUAUUGGUCUGAAGACUGUAAAAGGAACAAAACAGCUCAAGUUGGAUCCGACGAUUUAUGAUGCUUUGAUUAAGGAAAAGGUUGCUGUAGGUGAUGUUAUAUACAUUGAAGCAAAUAGCGGUGCUGUUAAGAGAGUAGGUCGAUGUGAUACUUUCGCUACAGAAUUUGAUCUUGAAGCAGAGGAGUAUGUUCCCAUUCCUAAGGGAGAGGUGCACAAGAAAAAGGAGAUAGUACAGGAUGUUACUCUACAUGAUCUUGACGCAGCAAAUGCUCACCCACAAGGUGGGCAGGAUAUAUUAUCCCUUAUGGGCCAGAUGAUGAAACCUAGAAAGACUGAAAUCACGGACAAGCUACGCCAGGAAAUCAAUAAGGUGGUUAACAGAUACAUUGACGAAGGGAUAGCAGAGCUUGUUCCUGGUGUACUAUUUAUCGAUGAGGUUCAUAUGCUUGACAUGGAAUGUUUUUCUUACCUAAAUCGUGCUCUUGAGAGCUCGAUAUCGCCGAUAGUAAUAUUUGCUACGAACCGAGGAAUAUGUAAUGUAAGAGGAACUGAUAUGACUAGUCCACAUGGCAUACCUGUAGAUCUGUUGGAUCGUCUUGUAAUAAUUCGAACAGAAACUUAUGGCCCUACUGAAAUGAUUCAGAUAAUGGCCAUUCGUGCGCAGGUUGAAGAGCUGGUAAUUGAUGAAGAAAGUCUAGCUUAUCUGGGAGAAAUUGGACAACAAGCAUCUUUGAGGCAUGCACUUCAACUUCUAUCACCCGCAAGCAUCGUGGCAAGAACGAAUGGAAGAGAUAAAAUAUGCAAGUCUGAUGUUGAAGAAGUGAAUGCUCUGUAUCUGGAUGCCAAAUCUUCAGCUAGGCUUCUACAAGAACAGCAUGAGAGAUACAUAACUUGAUAGAGUUUCAUUUGUUUGCUGCUACUCUGACAACACUCGCAAACGAGGAUUGUAAUUUAUGGCCUGUGGAUGCAUUAUGGUUAGAGCCACAAAAUUUUGAGUUCUCUGGCCCCUUUUUUCCUGUACUGGGUCUUGUAAUUGCAAUGUUGGAAUUUUGAGUGUAUUUUAUGCAGAUUUGGUAUAAGUUAUUCGUAAGAAGUGUUUCACUGUCA